CGUAAAACAAAAUAGUCACUUACGUAAUAAAUAAUACCUAGCUAUUUUAUACCUUUUGAAAUUUUGAAUAAACUAUGCUGUUUGACAGCAACGUAAUGUUGAAAUUAGGAUUUUGCCUCUUCACUUAUUUAAUACAGGCAAUGUGCCUUGUAAAGCAUAUUGAUUGCGCAAUUUAUACUUACGAAGACGUGGAAUUAAGAAGAAUAUUUCCAAGUGAAUUUCCUCAAGAUACUGUAAGGAAAAGUGGUAUUUUGGAACCAGAACAUUUAGGUCGCUACUUUGAGUUAAAGCGUUACUUUAAAUAUCCAAAGUCAAAACUAAAUAGUCACUUUGAAGAAUUAAAUUGUUAUAAUGAAAACGGAGAGAAAGUAUGUAAGGUCGAUGUAAGUCGAUACUCGCCGGAUGAGGAGCAUUACAUGUCAUCAGAUCUAACGAAUCACGUGGACAGGCGCAGAGUAUAUUGCUUGAUGCUACUAUGCUUCACUGAAGAUGAACUUGAUAGGGUUGUCGCUUCGUUUUAAUAUUUUAUAAAUAUGUUAACAAAAACUGUACCAAUUUUAUAUAUACAAAAAUAAAGAAUGAAAUGGUCUCUUUUGAAAUCCUA